AUGACGCCGGACCCGGGCGGUGAGGCGCCCCUGGCCCGAAUUCCUUCUCCUACCGCGCCGAGUGGUGCGAUGAUCCCCUCGCCCUUGCACUGGCGAACGGUCUGCUUGCUGGAAGUGGUCUCGAUUCAGUGGAUCCCGCUCUGUCCGUGGACUCGGACCCAACAGGUGAGUUCUUCGGGAUCCGGCUUCAUCAUCUCCCAGAAUCGGAUAAUGACCAACGCCCAUGUCGUUGCAAAUGCCAUCGACAUUCGGGUGCGGCCUCAUGGUUCCCCAAGGCGCUUCGCUGGCAAGGUUCGGACCUAUGGUCCGGAUGUUGACUUAGCCCUCGUGGAAAUCGAAGAUUCUGUGGCCGAAGAUUUUUGGGCCACCGUGGCAGAUGCACCAAGAGUAGAGCUUGCGGAGAGCCUUCCGGCACUGCAGGAGACGGUGCGAGCUCUGGGCUUUCCAACAGGUGGACGUACCUUGUGCAUAACCGAAGGCGUUGUGUCGCGGGUGGACAGCAUCGAACUGACCCCCCCGGCAGACACCACGCUCGUAAUUCAAAUCGAUGCAGCUAUCAACCCGGGCAACAGUGGUGGUCCGGUCUUUGACAGCCGCGGCUAUGUGGCCGGCGUGGCCUUCUGCAAGGACGUACGCAGCAGUACUGACAACAUCGGCUAUGUCAUUCCUGCAGAGGUAGUGCGAACAUUCCUCGACCGAUGUGGCAAGGCCCGGGAGUGCUAUACUCUCUCGCCCUCCGUGCCGUACCGGUGGCACAAGCUGGAGAAUCAAUCGUUGCGUGCCGCGCACAAAGUUCCCCAUGAGAUCUCCGGCGUGCUUCUGACGAGCGUUGCUCCCUUCCUCGAGGGUGCCCUGAAGGUCAGCGACGUCUUGAUGAAGAUCGAUGGCCGCACCAUCUCGGACGACGGUCAGAUCGAGCUUCGAGGGCAUGAGCUGAUACAGCAUAGGUACCUGCUGCGGAAUAAGGGCAUUGGUGACAAGACCACCUUCACCGUCUUCAGGGAUGGACAGAAG